UUGUUGAUCGCUCUGGCUCUUUGGCUCUGGCCUCUGUGCCGCGUUCUCGUUCCCUCUCGAACUCUCCGGUAAAAACUUCGAUGAUCGGACAUUCGGACUGAUAUGCCAUAGAAACUUGACGCUAUAAUUUGUCUGGUUCUCUAGUUGUUGUUUCGAUUCGAGUUUUUAACGCUCCGAAACGUAGAAAUCCCUAAUUUUCGUUGUUGAUCAACCACCAUUGCCUCUAUCAUGUGUGUUUUAGGUGUCGUUAUCCGUAGAAAUGGUUUCUCGGUGAUGAUUUGAUUCAUAAUUCGUAUGUGUCUGAUCUGGUGUAAUUUUGUGUGGGGGUUUUGAGGGUUUCACCAGAGGUUUGUAUCUCAAAUAACAUUAAACUUAACAACUGGUUCUUCCUUCUGGUACAUGUUAGUAUCUGGUUUUGUUAUAAUCCAAUGGAUAAAUCAGUCACGGUGGUGCAUAAGACCGUUGUGCUCGAGCCAUUUAUGAGGCUGGUGAGGAUUGCAGCAAGGGUAUUCUAUUUAGAUAAUCCUACGGAGACUGAUAAUAAUAAUCAGCAGAAAUCUGCUAAAGGUGGCAGUAGAUGCACUGCCACUAUGAUGCUGGACGUGCUUACGAGGCGGCAAUGGGUAAGAGAAGAAGACUUGGCAAAAGAGUUGAAGCAGAAUGCCAAGGAACUUCGUAAAUUAAUUAGAUUUUUUGAAGAACAAAAAUUUAUCGUUCGUUACCACAGGAAAGAGACUGCAAAGCGUGCGAAGAUGUAUAGUUUUGCAGUGGCUGCUACAACUGAUGGCCGAGCAGAGGACAACGUUAAGUUCCACACACACUCAUAUUGCUGUCUUGAUUAUGCACAGAUAUAUGAUACUGUUCGUUAUAAACUGCACCGGAUGAAGAAACAGUUCAAAGAUGAACUAGAAGAUAAGAAUACUGUUCAGGAGUAUUGCUGUCCUAACUGCAAAAGGAAAUAUAAUGCACUGGAUGCCCUGAGAUUAAUCUCUAUGGAAGACGAUACUUUUCGUUGUGAAAAUUGCAAUGGUGAACUUGUUAUGGAAUGUAACAAGCUAUCUUCCGAAGAAGUAGUAGAUAGAGGUGACAAUGCAAGGAGACGGCGGCGGGAAAAAAUAAAAGUUUGGCUUCAGAAUAUGGAGGUUGAAAUGAAACCUCUGGUGGAUCAAAUAAAUAAAGUAAAAAACCUACCGUUUCCUGGCUUUGAACCUUUUCCGGCAUGGGAGGCUCGUGCAGCUAAGGCUGCUCGUGAAAAUGGUGUUCUUGAUCCUAAUGAUCCUUCGAGGUCACAGGGUGGGUAUGGUUCAACACCAAUGCCAUUUCUCGGAGAGACAAAGGUUGAGGUUAACCUUGGUGAAGAAAAAGAAGAUGUCAAAUCUAAAGGUGGAGAUUCUAGUCUGAAAGUCUUACCUCCAUGGAUGAUCAAGAAAGGCAUGAAGCUGACCGAGGAACAAAGAGGAGAGACGAGACAGGGAGCAGAGGUUGAUGGAGAAGCAGCAAAGCUUUCAGAUGACAAGAAAACAGUCUUGGGAAAUGGCGAUGGUGAUAAGGAUGUGAAGGAUGAGUAUGUGAAAGCUUACUACGCCGCUUUACUGAAGCAGCAAGAAGAGCUUGCUGAAAACCUGAAUCCGCAAGAACCCGCAGGUGAGUCAACCACUGACAUCCAAUUGGCUGCUACGUCUCCAGAUCGUCAGGUUGGUAUGAAAUCCAAACGUGGAGAGGAGGAAGAAGAAGAAGAUGUUGAAUGGGAAGAAGAAGCUCCUGUGGCAGCCAAUGGAAACGACAAGGUGGAUUUGAAUGUGGAAGCAGAAGAUGAAGAAGAAGAAGACGAUAUUGAUUGGGAAGAAGGCUGAACUGAAAACAAAUGGUUCAGUUCAAACUAGUACUCAUGGAGUUAAGCUUUGAUUGUUAAUUUUUCAUGAGCACUAAUAGUCACUUAGUAACUUGCUGAAAAUUUCGUUAGCUACACCAAUUUUAUCAAAGGUGAU